AUGGAAUUUCCAUCGCCAGAGCUGCACGAGGGCCUGCUGCACGAGAUGAUCGAAAUGCUCGACGAAGCAGGGCUCCACAGUAUGGCGUAUCAGAUGAAGGCAGCCUGGGACAGUGGGGCAUUUGAUGAGGCGAUGUUGCUCAAUGCAGUACUAAGAGGUGACGUAGAAUGUGUGCAACAGCUGAUCGAGGCCGGGGACGACGUCAACGCACAGUUCAUUAAUGGUGCUACAGCUACGCAUUUGGCAGCAGUUGCUGGGAAUGUCGACUGCUUAGGGUCGCUACUCUCAGCUGGUGCUGACGUCAAUGUGAAAGACAAGUCAGGUGGGACUCCCCUGCACACAGCAGCAGGGAUGGGCAGGGCCCAGGCUGUGAAGCUACUGCUGGCCGCUGGUGCAGAGGCGCUUGACCAGGACUCGGAAUGUCGCACUCCGCUGCAUUUGGCAGUCAAAUCAAGGAAUGCAGAAUGUGUCACGUUGCUGGCCAAUGCAAAGAAAAACCUGGACUUGAGAGACCUGAAAGGUCUCACAGCCCUGCACCAUGCUGCGUGGAAUGGUGACGUCGAAAGUGUGAGGCACCUGUUGGGUGCAGGCGCCCAAGCCAGCCCGGUGACUGACAAACUGGGAACACCUCUGGACGUGGCAGCAUCGAGGGGUAACGACGAGUGCGUGAGGUUGCUGCUGCAGGCGGAGGCGGAUCCGACAACGAGGACCUUUGGCGGUUUAACCGCGCUGCACCAUGCCUUACUGGCUGGCAGACCAGAGAGUGUGAGGCAACUACUGGAAGCGGGAGCAGACAUCCAAGAGAAGGAUAUUUUUGGCACCACACCUCUAGUCUGUGCAGUAUCAUUCAGCAGUCCAGCUUGUGUCAGGGUGCUGGUGGAGGAAGGAGCUGUUCUCAACGCGAGGGACAGGUCUGGUCCAACAGCACUGCACUAUGCUGCAUUGAUGGGCAAGGCUGAGAAUAUGAAGUUACUGCUUGACUCUGGUGCUGACGCGCUUGCCCAGGACCCCAGAAGCUGCACACCACUGCACGUCGCAUCCUUCAUGGGUAAAGCCGAAUGUGUCAGGCUACUGCUGAGGAACGGAGUUGACGUGAACGAGAGGGACAGCAAAGCCUUAACACCACUGCACUAUGCAGCAUUGAGUGGCAAGACUGAGAUUGUGAAGCUACUGCUGGACGCUGGUGCAGAUGCACUUGCCCAGGACUCGCUAAGUUGCACACCACUGCACUACGCAGCCUUCUGGAGGAAUAAAGUGUGUGUUAUAAUGUUACUGUAUGCAGCCUGGGUCAGACACAGAGCAAGCAAAUGA